CUCGGAACCAUAAUUCCCAUUUAUUACUCCUCAAGGAUUUCCAGGAUUAGGCCUCGCGGCGCCGGAACAGUGAGUGUUUCAGUUCGGCGGGACGGCGGCCAGGAGAGUUGAGUCCGAGUGUUGGCGGGGCUUCGUCGGCGGCGAUGCGUUUUUUUUGUUGUUGCGCGGACUGAGUCGUCGAUUUUGGUGAACUUCUGCCGGCUUAGGGUUUGAUUUCGUGGAGGCGACGCGUUUGUCCGUAUGCUGAGUGUCCGAGUUCGCCUGGACUGCUUUGUUCCGUCGGACCGCGAUUUUCACGGAACCGAGUCGCUUUUCCGCCGGCGAUUCUCUAUUUGAUUCUGUGUCCUGAAGCGGAGGGUGAAAUUCAACAGAGCCUCGUUUUUUGCAUCUUCAACAGAAUAAUCAGAGAAAAGGGCGGAGAACGAUGGAGUUGAGUGAAAAGUGUUUGGACUCGGAGUUUUGGCAUGCCUGUGCAGGAGGGACGGUUCAGAAGCUUCGGGCGAACUCGAAGGUCUUCUACUUCCCGCAAGGGCAUGCAGAGCACACGCUCACUGCCGUAGACUUCUCCAAUUUGCCGAAAAUUCCCCCGCUGAUUCUCUGCAGGGUAGAGGCUGUGAAGUAUAUGGCAGACCUCGAGUCCGAUGAGGUCUAUGCUAGGAUUAAGCUGGUUCCAAUUGCGAGUGAUGCCGGCUAUGGUGAAGAAGAAGAUGAUGAUGAUGAGGUUUCAGGGAGAAUUGGACCGGAAACUGCUGAAAAGUCAAACUCCUUUGCCAAGACCCUGACUCAAUCUGACGCCAACAAUGGUGGUGGCUUCUCUGUUCCUAGGUACUGCGCUGAAACUAUCUUCCCACCGUUGGAUUACGCGGCUGAUCCACCGGUCCAGACUUUGACUGUCAAAGACGUUCACGGUGUGACGUGGAAGUUCAGGCACAUUUAUAGGGGUACACCCAGGAGGCAUUUGCUGACCACAGGUUGGAGUACCUUUGUGAAUCACAAGAAGCUGGUUGCUGGGGAUUCAAUUGUGUUCCUAAGAUCAACCACCGGAGAGAUUUUCGUUGGAAUUCGGAGGGUGAAAAGGGCUAGUUAUGGGAGCUCGGACAAUACGUCAAGUUGGAUCUCUAUGGCUGGAAAGUAUGGGGCAUUUUCAUCCUUUAUGAGCGAAGAUGACAGCAGGAUGAAAAGAAGUAGUGGUAGCAAUGGAAGCCCGAGUUCUCCAAGUGGGGGGUUUAGGGGAAAGGGAAGAGUGAAUCCUCAAUCAGUACUUGAAGCUGCAUACCAUGCUGCUUGUGGGAACCCAUUUGAAGUAUCUUAUUACCCACUUACAAGCACGCCUGAUUUUUGUGUUAAGGCUUCAUUUGUGUCGUCUGCUAUGAGGAUCCAAUGGUGUCCCAAGAUGAGGUUCAAAAUGGCCUUUGAAACCGAGGACUCUUCACGAAUUAGUUGGUUCUUGGGAACAAUAGACUCCGUUCAAGUUAUUGAUCCCAUUCAUUGGCCAAAUUCACCUUGGCGACUUCUACAGGUAAUUUGGGACGAACCUGAUUUGCUACAGAAUGUGAAGCAUGUGAGCCCAUGGAUGGUCGAAUUGGUGGCAGCCAUGCCCAUAAUCCAUCUCUCGCCUUUCUCUCCUCCAAGGAAAAAGCCGUGUUUACCCCAAGACUUGUCACUUGACGGGCGAGUUCAACUACCGUCGUUUUCAACAAACGCUCCGGGAGCCGGCAGUACAUUUUGUUCUUCAUCUGACAACUUGUCUGCAGGCAUACAGGAAGCCAGGCAUAUGCAAUCGGAUCGUCCCUUGAUCGAUCCCCACCUCAACAACAAACUGUUUUUAGGACUGUCACCACUCGGUACCCACCAAAACAAUAACAUGAAUACUAAGGACCAAGUAGACCGUAGUGAAAACAUAUCUUGCUCACCUGCCCCAGGGAUGACUCCUCGGUUCGUCCUCUUCGGUCAGCCAAUUCUCACCGAGCAGCAACUGUCUCAUCGUUCACAAAAGAAUCUGAAAGAGAAUGUUCCUUCAAAGGCAGAGAGAUUUCCUUAUAAUAAUAAUAAUAAUAAGAAUGAUAAUAAGAAUGAUAUUAUGAAGCGUAAAUGCUUUCAGGAAAAGGUACUACUGGGUGCAGGUGCCACACAUUUCGGGGACCAAACGCUUCGUCCAGAGAAACUCAGCAUUGGUUAUGGUGGUGGUCACUGCAAAGUUUUCUUGGGAGCAGAGACUGCGGCAAGAUACAUUGAUCUCUCCACAUUGGAUUCGUACGAGGAGUUGUACAAAAAACUCGCAAACAUGUAUGGGAUAUCAUGCUCCUUGAUACUGAACCGCGUGAUCUACUGCGAUUUCAUGGGUGCUGUCAAACAAGUAGGAGAUGACAUAUUCAGCGAGUUCAAAAGGAAAGCCCAACGAUUGACGAUACUGGUGAAUCCGAACAGCAGCUCUGAGAGGAGGCAGAUAGAUGGCUUUCCAACAACACAAAGCGGACUAGAUUCCUCAAACCAAGCCGGAUUUCUCGGGGUAUCUGCAUAGCACCACCGUACCCCAACCAAAUGAUGCCGGAUUGAUCGACACCAGUGGUCGUGUAAAUGUUCGAGUGCCUCUGUCUAAGACGCUGGGUUGAUUUGCACCGUUCGUUGUGUAGCUUGUUGCGCAGGCCCCGCGUGCAUGGUUCGGUAGCAUUUGAGAUAAAGUAUGAACAGUUUCUUGUUCUUGUGUUUAUAUAGACAAAAAAAAAAGAGUAGUUUAGCAGAAUAAUGUGGUCAUUUAUUGCUAGUG